AUGUCUGUACAAAGUGUUGCUCUGGCAUCUCUCACGGCCACCUAUACCGACUCGGAGGGCGAGGACGGGGUGGACGACGAGCUCCAGGAGAAUAACUCCACUCCCCAGGGUGCCGUCCCUUACAAUAAUGCCCAAGUCGGCCAGCCCCAGCAGGCUCACACCAGUCCCAAAUCUGGGAGAUCAGCCUCCAAUAGCCCGAACGUUGCUUCCGGCGUUGGGAAAAAGUCUAUUAGUAAUUUACCCAGUAAUAAAAAUCCACCGUCCUCCACCUUAGUCAUUACUGAAAAUCUAACGGUACAUAAUAAGGUGCAUCGUUUGGUUUCAUAUUUUGAUGAUACUAUUGUUUCGGAUGACGAGGGGGCGGCAAAUCUACCGAGCGAGGGUAACCCGCCUAAUCACAAUGGCGUAACACCCUCCGUUAAGUCCGGUGAAAAGUCGCCCUCACGUCAUCCCGGAGAAUUGGUUUCAGAUGGCCCCGAAUUCUCGGACGCUCCGGACCCAGACGGUGUUGUUAUUCCGCCGGAGCCGCCUGGCCAGUAUCCGCCGGACCUCCAGGAAAAAAUAACGGUACUUUUCAGGAAAAUGGAGUCCAAGGGCGGCGUCGACAUGAAUCAAGCUAUCCAGCAGCGCAAAGACUUUCGCAACCCCUCUAUUUAUGAAAAACUUAUUCAAUUUUGUAGCAUCAAUGAGCUGGGUACCAAUUACCCGCCUGACCGGUUUGACCCCUUCAAGUGGGGCAAAGACUCGUACUACGAGGAGCUCGCCAAGGUCCAAAAAGCCGAAAUGGACAAGCUCGAGAAGGCUAGGAAAGAAAAAACCAAAAUCGAAAUUGUCUCGGGCACUGCCAAGCGCCCCAACAGUUCUGCUCCGACUGUUGAAGAGGACGCCAAGAAGAGAAAAAGCAAGUGGGACCAAGUUGCCACUGGAACCGCUAAUCCCAAUAUAAAGCCCACGGUACUCCUGUCCCAGCCUACCUUGACAACUUUAAACGCCAGUUCUGCUACGAAAGCUACUGUAAUAUCUGCUUUUGGUUCGUUACCAAAGAAAAGACUGUAA